CUUGUUCUUCUUUGUAGCAGUUCUAGGGAGUUUUUAGAAUAGAUGCAGAAUGGAUAGAAGGUUAUCUAAAGAAUAACUUAUCUGGGAAGAUACAGUUAAAAUCACCAUUUCCCAGAACCCCUCCCCUUGGAAUGUUAAAGCGUGUAUCCUGAUUGGCUGUUGACUGCAAGAAUCAGUUUUCACUCGUGCUGGGAGAGAGAAGUUCUCUUCUGCUUCUGAAGGAGACUCUCAGUGUGGACAGUUGGAUUUUCCCAGGGAAGUCUCACCAGUUUCGCUUACUUUUUAAAUCAUGGUGUUGGCAUCAAGAAGUCGUGGAACUUAAUAGUAACACAUAACCGUAAUAGCCGGAUAAUUGCCUGUGAUAUUUCUGACAGACUAUGUCCCAGUAUUCUCACAACUAUCUGCUGGUUCCUAUCCCUGAAUAUCCUCUCCUGGACUGUGACCCUAACAGGAACAUCAAGAUUGUGGUACUGGGGGGCAGUGGUGUUGGAAAAACAGCUUUGGUUGUAAGAUUUCUGACAAAAAGGUUUAUUGGAGACUACGAAGCAAACACUGGUGCAUUAUAUUCAAGAAAAGUCACAAUUGAUGGGGAGCAAAUUUCACUUCAAGUGCAAGACACACCUUAUGUAUCAAUGGAGGAGGAAACAGACAGCAUUUCCUGCCAGGAACAAAUUAAUCGAUCCAUUUAUUGGGCAGAUGGCUUUGUGUUUGUCUUUUCAAUCACAGACUAUAAUAGCUACCGUAUGAUUAGGCCUUUGUACCAGCACUUAAAGAAAAUCCACCCAAACACCAAAAUUCCACUUCUUCUGGUAGGAAAUAAAGCCGAUCUUUUAAGAGCCCGACAAGUGGAAUCUGAUGAAGGUCUUCAGCUUGCUAAUGAACUGUCUGGUACAUAUGCUGAAGUAUCUGCUAGAGAAAACUAUGAAGGGGUAUAUGGAGCUUUUUACCAGCUGUGUCAGGAGGUUGGAAAGAUGAUCUUCAGCUGCAAUGGGGAAAAGAGAAGAGGACUUCAUCUUGUGCGCCCCAGAUCUCCUAACAUGCAAGACCUGAAAAGACGUUUUAAACAGGUGUUGUCUUCCAAAGUGAAGUCCACUACCACCCUUUGACCUCUUCUGGUUUUGCAAGAGUGGUUUGGAUCUAGAGACUGUCACAAAGGAAAAUACUUAUCUCAGAGGCCACCUAUGGCAGCUUCCAUUCAUCAACGUGAAUUAUAAAUUAGUUUUGUGUAGUGACUACAUGUACAGUGCCUGAGAACAUGGAUGCUUUCAUCAGAA